AUGUCUUCCUCUUCAUCUAUACCAGCUGCCGAAGAACCAGUUGUGCUUACCUCACAAAGAGAAUAUGCCAGAUUCAUCACUUUGAACAGAGUUAGGAAACUCAAUUCCUUAAACACAGCGAUGGUGGAGCUUAUCACACCUGCUUUGCUCAAAAACGUCGAAGCCAAAGGAAAUAAUGUUACCAUCUUGAACUCAAAUUCACCCAAGGCGCUUUGUGCUGGGGGCGAUGUUGCUGAAUGUGCUGUUCAAAUAACCAAAGGUAACCCUGGUUAUGGGUCUGACUUCUUUGAUAAGGAAUACAAUAUGAACUACAUUAUUGCCACGAUGCCCAAGCCAUAUGUUGCAUUGAUGGAUGGUAUUACCUUUGGUGGUGGUGUUGGAUUAUCUGUACAUGCACCAUUCAGAGUUGCUACUGAAAAGACUAAAUUGGCAAUGCCCGAGAUGGAUAUUGGAUUCUUUCCUGAUGUUGGAACAACAUUUUUUUUGCCUCGUUUGGAUGACAAGUUGGGUUACUACACCGCCUUGACUGGUGCUGUGUUGAACGGAUUGGAUGCUUAUUUUAUGGGAUUCGCCACACAUUACAUCAAGUCUGAAAAGUUGCCUGAAGUGGUGAAAAGAUUGUCCACUUUGCAACCACCAGAAAUCGAGGAAGGAGAAGAAAUCUCCUUGGUUAAGGGCAACAAGGCAUACUUUAAUGAUGUCAAUGACAUUUUGAACGAGUUUAGUGAGAAACAGUUGCCUGAAAACUACAAAUUCCUUUUGUCAGAGGACGAAAUUGAUUUAAAUAGGAAAGCAUUUUCGCAAGAAAGCAUUGAUAAAGUCUUGGAAUUUUUUGAACAGCACAGUUCGGAAUCUCCAUUUGCCAAAAAAACGCUUGAGACAUUAUUGCAAAAGCCAAGAAGUUCCCUCACAGUUGGGUUUGAGUUGAUGAACCGAGGCUUGCAAAAUAGUAUCAAGGAACAAUUGGAGUUGGAAAUGGUUUCAGCAACAAAUAUCAUGAGAAUUCCAGCAGAUAAGAAUGAUUUUGCCAAGGGUGUCAUCCACAAAUUGGUGGACAAAAUCAAGGACCCAUUUUUCCCCAAGUGGAAUGCUCCUGAGACAGUUACUCCCGAAUACUUGAAGUACGUGCUUACUGAAACAGAUGAUACUUUGAAAUUAUUGACUACACCAUUAAUUAAAAAAUGGUUUGGGCUUGAUUACCACGAUUACCCACUCAAUUAUGGAUUACCCAGGGGAAGAGAAGUUGCAAAUUAUAUCAACGGUACAGAUGGUUCUGGCAGGUCGUAUUUGCCCACCCCAACCGAAGUGUUCAAACACUUUAAGCGCACUACGCAAGAUAAACUAGGUGUCGACUUAAAAAUCAAGCAAAUUUUAGACUUGCAUGGCGAGACUGCAAAGUAUGAUAACAAAUACGUAAAUUGGAAAGAUUGA